AAACAAAAGAACAAAUCCCUUUAAUUCAUGAAGUAUUUUCCAGCUUUAUUUUUCUACUCCCUGUCUCUCUCCCCAUGCACCCGCCGGACUGCUACGCUAGUUGGAAUUGCAGAAUAUCGCGAGAGAGGGCCUUUAACGUCACAUGCGCAAGCUUGUGAUGGAGCGAAAUACAGGAAACAAGAAGGAUAUUCUGAUAUUCUUCUUCUUGAACUGUUGACAUUUCCGACCGUUAUCAAAGAUGUUUUGGUUUUGCAUUUCUGAAGUAUCUAUCAUUUAAAGUUAUGUGGUUUUAAGAUUGCGUAGACAGCCCACACGUACCGGCUGCAUCGAAGUGAAUCGGCAGUUAAGUGCAUUAAGAACCACCUGGAAACUCGAUUGGCAAAAUGAAAGGGCUGUUUUGCAGAUUAAGUGAUUCGGAAGAAGUGAAGUUUGUUAUUCAGGAGACUGAUGUGCCCACCACCAUUGGAAACCACCAGGUCAAGGUCCAAGUAAAAGGCUGUGCUCUAAGUCCAGUGGAUAUUAAACUUUACAAUGACUUGAAGUUGCAGAGGGACACAGUUCCAGUAGGAAGAGAGAUUGUGGGGACUGUUCGUCAAGUUGGACCCAAGGUGACUUUUUUCCAACCUGAUGAUGAGGUUGUUGGUAUUCUUCCAUUGGAUACUGAGGUAUCUGGCUUAUGCAAUACCGUACUCAUUCAUGAACAGUUACUUGUCCCAAAGCCUGAGAAAGUGAGUUGGGUGUCCGCUGCAGGGGCGGUCCGUGAUGGCCUCAGGGCCUACACUGCCCUUCAUACUCUGGCCCAUAUGGCUGUCGGUCAGACACUGCUAGUUCUGGAUGGAGCCAGUCCAUUCGGUGUUCUAGCGAUUCAGUUGGCCCAUUACCAUGGGGUAAAGGUCCUGGCAACAGCCCAUUCCCCAGACGACCUGAAGUUCCUGGAGCAGCUGCGGCCUAGUGUGGGCACAAGGGAGUCAUUGCUGGCUCGGGUGAUUGGUGUGUGGGAUGCCAAGGUGGAUCUGGUGGAGACUUGCCUUGAGGAGACUGGGGGUUUGGGAGUGGACAUAGUCAUUGAUGCUGGAGUGAAGCUUUACGACGAGGAACCGGAAUCACAACAGAAACAGCAACUUCCACACAAGCAUGACAUCAUCACCUUGUUAGGAGUUGGAGGUCACUGGGUGACCAUGGAGGACAACCUGCAGCUGGACCCUCCUGACACUCACAGUCUCUUCCUGAAGGCUGCAUCUUUGUCCUUCCUGAACGACGAGGUGUGGACAGCCUCUGCUGCUCGCGAGGGACGAUACCUCCACAUCCUAAGAGAUGUAAUGGAAAAGCUUUCAACUGGAACAUUCAGACCUUUAGUGGAGGAGCCUGUGCCUUUGUAUGAGGCAACUGUGUCUAUGGAGAUGGUUCAGAAGAAGCAGCAGAUGAAGGCCUGAUGGAACUUGCUGCAUCCCUGGACACUCCUGAUCUCAUAGCACCUGUUUGCCUGGCUGAACCCUGCUGUAACCUGGAAAAAGAGAUUUAUGAACCAACAGAACAGAUGAGUAUGUAAAAGUGUUCUGAUUGUAAACAUGACAAAUGAACCAAGAACACAAGUUUGGCACAAGUUUAGUUUUAUAACUACAGUAUAGAAUUUAUACUAUUAUAUAUUGUAGAUUAACUUGUGGUAAAUACUGAUAAUCUG